AUGUCUCUUGGUCAUUCUUCUAGCCUCACAGCCAAGCCAUGGACCGAUAUCUUCACGAGUGAUACAUGCAUUGAUCGACGACAAUGCCACCGCACAGUGCCCAUGAAAGUGCUGGUACUUGGUGUUGGCAGAACAGGAACUGCGUCGAUUCGGGCCGCACUUCAAAGACUCGGCUACAACAAGACGUACCAUAUGAUGUCUGCUAGUGUUGAGAAUCCCCCGGACUGUUUAAUGUGGCACGAUGCUCUCUGCGCAAAAUACGACGGAGUUGGGAAAUUUGGUCGCGCAGAAUGGGACCAACUACUAGGUGAUUGUCAGGCUGUCUGUGACUGGCCGGCUUGUGCCUUUGCAAAAGAAUUGAUUGAAGCUUAUCCAAACGCAAAAGUCAUUCUGAACACCCGCGAUGUCGAUUCAUGGUAUGAAUCCGUCAAGAGAACAGUUUAUUGGCGAGUCAGAGAUCCAGAACACUUCCUUGCUUCCAAAGUGAGCUGGGCAGCGGGCAUGUACUAUCCCAUGCUCAACAAAUUCUUCGAUACAUUUUUCCGUGGGGAUUUCCUCAAUGAGGGAAAACAAGUUUAUCUAGACCAUCUCCAAGAAGUUCGCAGCCUCGUGCCCCCAGAAAAUCUGCUCGAAUACAGAGUCAGCGACGGCUGGGGUCCGCUGUGUAAAUUUCUCGGCGACGACCUCCCCGAAAGUCCUUUCCCACGGGUCAAUGACAUCAAUAAUUUCCAAAAACGUUGCAGUACUCGCAAUCGGAUGCAAAUGUUAAAUGCUGCUUUACAAGCGGCGGUUUUUAGUGGAUCUUUUCUGGCGACAGGGUGGGUCGCAUUGACAUUUCUUCAACGGCAUCUGUGA